AUGACAAGUGAUGAUAGACAACCGACCUCAGUCCAAGUCGGGAGUCAGAUGACCUGUGCAGAUGAGACCACCCAGGUCGGAGGACCUGCGGGCCAGGUCGGAGGGCCUGUGGAGGAACGCAAACGCAGCCCUGUACAACCCCAACCGGAAGCGCAACAAAUCAAGGCAGAGCCGAGCUCAAGCGCCGGGGCUCACCAAACCUCACCAGCUGCCUUCGAUCCAACCGCGCUUAUGAACGCCUUCGCCGCGCAGAUGCAAGAGUUGUUCACCUCGGCCGAACAGAAGGACGCGAUUCAAUGUCAGUUGUUCGUCGAACACCUCGAAGGCAUAGCUCUAGAUUGGUUUUCGAGAUUGGAAGCCGACUCCAUCGAUAACUACAAGGAACUCUCGACUAAGUUCGCAAAGCAUUUCUCGAUGUUCAUCGGGCAGAAAACUCGUAACUCCGAGCUGUGGGAGAUAUCACAGGGCGAGAAUGAGUCGCUCCGAGACUUCAUGGCACGUUUCAAACAGAUCGUAGCACACUGUACGGUGGACGAUGAAGCCGCUCUCGAAGCUCUGUAUCAGAAAACAUGGUACAAAUCCCCCUUUCACAAUGAGCUUCGCAGGAACAGACCGCUCACCCUCGAGGACGCGCUUCAUAAGUCAAACAUCUUCAUCGCGGAAGAAGAAGAAGAAGCCGUCAAGGAUCGGCAGUAUUCAACGACAAAGCCAGGCCAAACGCCAACCCCCAAAGAGAGCUCGGAAACGAAGUUCCGCAAGGGCGAGAUCGACACCGCAGAUUUGCCUAAACCGGGACCCCGGCGGCCGAACCCGCGACCAAACAAACCCGGCAAUCAAGAAGCCGCUAAGGCAGCCGACUCCGAUGAAGAGCAGGUUGCUCCCCCUAAACGAGAUCGCGAAGCACCUAAUAGAGAGGCGAACGUCCCCAAAACCAGGAAGAAGGUCAAUAUGAUUAUGGGAGCCCUCGAAUCAUGCAACUACUCCGUCCGAGCCCUCAAAGAAUAUAGCCGGCAGGCAUCGAGUUCGCAGCCCCAAACGACGGUAACAACCGUGCCACUGUUGUUUACUGAAGCCGACCUGCGGGGAGUGCACAUGCCUCACAACGAUUGCCUCGUCGUCGAACUCCAGCUCGGAGAUGUCGAAGUAAGCAGAAUCUUAAUCGACACAGGGAGCUCGGUAAAUGUCAUAUUCAAAGAAACAUUAAAGAAUAUGGAUUUUCCGGACUCCGAGAUCAAGCCUUACAUGGAAUCAUUGACCGGGUUCACCGGAGAGAAAACAAGAACAGUAGGAACAGUGAAGAUACCCAUCUAUGUCGGCGGGUCGGCUCGAAUGAUCAAGUUCUUGGUCCUCAACAAACCGGCGAUAUAUAAUGCAAUUUUGGGAAUGCCAUGGCUAUUCGACAUGAAGGCCGUCGCUUCAACGUUCCAUCAGUGCGUCAAGUUCUCGACCCCGUCAGGGAUUUUCACCCUCAAAGGAAGCCAGACCGUGUCCCGAUUAUGCCAUCUCACCGAAUGCAAACUAAGUCUCGCACGGACGUGCGUUAUAAGCCCAUUUCAGGAAGGUCGUACAGCCGCAGAAAGCCAGUUCGGUCCACCCAAACAGAGCCAGGUCGACCAAGUCUGCAUUGACCCAACAGAUCCAGAGAAAUGUGUCGGCAUAGGGGCCGAGCUCGACAACAGUAUCCGGGAAGCACUCAUCAGUUUCCUCCAGAAGAACGUCUCCACAUUCGCAUGGAAUAUCAGCGACAUGCCUGGAAUCAAUCCCGACAUCACUUGCCACAAGCUAAACAUCGAUCCCACAUACAAACCUAUCAAACAGAAGAGACCGAGCUCGGACCCGAGAAAGCGCGAGCAGUAA